ACUGAAGAUGUCCAACAAUUGUGCGUUCCUGAUUCUCGUUGCAGUUACAGGUGUCCAUCUGGUGUAUGGGCAAUGUGACUGUGCCAACCGGCCAGAUGGCUACGUCUGCUCUGUCGGCUGUAAGGAACUACGAAGAUGCUUCAACCGUGAACAAGUGGUAUUGAUCUGUGGUGAAUAUGAAGUUAUUGACUUUGAAAGUGCAAGAUGUGUGCCGCAAGAAGAUGCUUCCCCGCCAUGUGGAACUGGGUCAGACAAGAAUUGUACAGGGAGAGCAGAUGGUCCCUACCCCGAUAUAGAGACAGGGUGUAUGACAUACUACACGUGCUCUAGUGGCCAGUUUGCACACAGACAAUUCUGCCCUGAUGGUCUUGUGUUCAAUAUCAUCAACGAAGUGUGUGACUGGCCAUAUAAUGUCUGCCCUCCAUGUGGUACAGGGGAAAAUGUAGUUAUUUGCCCAACGGACCCCGACCCCUGUAACUGUACAAACACAACACCUGGAACUGUGUGUUACUCAGAUUGUCAGGUGUUAAGCGUCUGUGACGAGAAUGGAGAAAGUAAUACGUUGGUGUGUGAACCUGGCACAGUGGUGGAUUUAACAACCAGAACAUGCAGGCCGAGAGCUGAGGUACUUCCUCCAUGUGGAACUGCCGGUCUUUCAACAGCGAUGCCUGCCACUACUGCGCUACCUUCAUUGUGCGAUGACUGUCCCAAUGCACCAAGUGGAACUAAAUGUUUAAUAAAUUGUAAUGAGUAUCAUGAAUGUUUGGAAGGCGUACCUGUCAGAGUGACAUGCGACGCCGAUUUGGUAGUAGAUCCAGUCCUGCUGGAAUGUGCAAUGAUAUCAGAUGUCUGUCCACCAUGUGGUACGAAAGAAGACUGUGCAACACAAAACCAAGCAGAUGGCGAACUCGUCUUGGGAUAAUGGCAAAGGCGUCGGGCAAACCUUCCAUUUGAUUGGACUCAUGGUGUUUUGAUGGAGAAAAUGAAGGAUCUUAGAGAAUGGAUUUUAAACACUUGU